CCCCCGUUCGAUCGCGGAGCUUUUUUUUUGGGACUCUCUUCUUGAAACUCUUUUCUCUCUUGGCUGUGCCAAUUUUUUCAGAGCGCUUGCUUUUUUUUUUUUUUUUUCGUUCCUGUUCAUUCUUAUUUACAUACUCAGUCCGACCUCUCUCUCCCAUCCUUGAUGACCAAUUCUCUCGACAACCAGAAACCACCUUAUCAUUGAACGGUGUCUUGGCAGCGCCAGACUCCACCUGCCCGUCGUCGCCAAAUCUCCUCGACCGCGCUGUUACGAGAGAAAAAUUACCCCGGAAAUCAUGCGCUGCGAUCCGACCACUCGCGGGUGUACGGUGUAUACCUUGCGUACGGGGGAUGAACUGGCCUCGACAAAGGGAUGUCCUUGAUCUGGAUUUUCCUAACAGCAACCUCCCCCGAAACCCAGUCAAUUCCGUCUAAUUCAGCACCCUUGGGAGAUUCAUUGGUUGGCUAUUGGCGGCUUGCGCAGGACUCGAGAUCGCCCCCGGUCUCAAUGUUGGUUCCUGAAACGGAUUCCUCUGGCGGGUUGCCCUGCAUCAUGGCCAACUCCUCUCGAUUGCCCCCCACACGAUAAUACCCAGCGGACUCCGGGGUAGUAUCGUGCCAUGUGUACAGGUUUCUGAGACACCAAAGUCUAAAGACAAGUCUUUGAUUCGUUGAUGAAUCAAACCUGAUAAGCUCUGAGGGGGACGCGGGGAAGACGGCCCCAACGUUGCAGCACAGAUACGCACUAUGGAAACUACCGUACGAAUCUUGUACCUGGACGUGUGUGUGUACGGGUGGCGGGGGGAGAAACCGGCUGAACCUGGCAAGUCCCCGGCGCAAUCAGCCGCUCGUGUAACGACUCGCCGGUGCGCCCAUGCCUCUUGCCUCUGAUGGUGCCAACCUUGCGUGAUGAGACGAGGGGACGAUGAGCCAAUCGCCGCACGACAUACAUUUGCCUUGCUUUGACCCGAAUGCGGUUGUGUCCCCGGAGGACCCUCUUUGAAAAGGCCCAAGCGGAUGGAAAGGACUGGGAGGGAGGACUACGGGGUAUGGCGGAGUGACUCGAUAGAAUCAAUACUGCGAGUACUCCUAGGUAGGAAUCACUGCGCAGUACUCCGUACUGAUAUCUACCCAUCAUUGACGACCUCGGUCGCGGCCCGUGGAAGCGCGUCGGCUGUCACGACUGAUCUGUCAUUCGCCCAGCUCGUCACAGCCGACAAUGAUCCCCGCCGUAGGGGAGGUACACGCGAUUCCUCUCUAAUCCGUCCAAUCCACACGUCCGUCCGCACUGUACGGAGUAAAUACCAACGCCCACACGGCCCAUUCCCAUGAUUCACGCCCUGUCUCCUCCGUUCAGAUGCCGAAUCGCCCCCCUCGACGAGCCGUGCCCGCGUCUACCGCGGAGUCCGGAGAGUGGACUCCGGCGAGAGCGUGUCUGAUCCGACGAUAUCUCUGGGCCCAAGCGAUCCAUUUUUUCUCCUCCAUUUGCCUCGUGGCGAACCAGGAGAGCGUUUGCGAAUUCGCGGUAUGCGAUGGUGUGCCGAAAACAGAGCUCAACUGAGGGUCUCUUUCAAAAUUUCCACCGGCAUUCUCCGUUUGGGCUAUCUCGCGAUGUGAUUUGUUGGCGAGUAGAGUGUGGACCCCGGACUAGACCCUUUGUGGUCCCUGCCAGGUACGGCUCAACGGCAAACGAUUUUUUUUUUUUCCUUCGAGAACCUCUCCUUGCGCCGCCAUCGAACGGAGUGCCAAGACUUCCAUACAACGAGUGAGACAUACUGAAUCCUGUCGCAUUGCUUGUUCGUCGCCAAAUCCAAGGAAUACUCUCUCGGCAUAUCAGCGCAUAUCAGCAUACUACACUCCUAUCAGAGCAUGACAGUCCUAUCAGCGCAGCGUGUUCGCUUCCGUGUACCCCCUUCUGGGGUUACAUUUCGUGGGGCUCGUCCAUUGCUGCACGGCCAUUCGCCCCAAACUCGACCGGUCCUGCCGAUCGCAUCCACGGUUGGUCUCUCGCUGGGAACAAUUGGUUUUUUCUUUUUUUUUCUUUCUCGCCUUCCGAAAGUGGGAACGGAAACAUACCAAAACGUCCACUCAAACCCCGGGCUUGUACUGUACCAAGACAAAGAGCUUGAAUUCGACUAGACCUCUUAGUCGAUUAUUUUACAUUAUUUUUUGUUUCUCUUUCGUUCGGUUCAUGCGCCGAUAAGAACUGUCCGAUAUUUUCUCCACCACGACCUCGGGUUGUUGGGUAAUCAAAAUCGGCUAUAUAUGUAUACCGGUCACGGUCACCUUUUCCUCUUUCUCUCUUCUUCUCUUCGUCCCUGUGCAACUUUUGGAAGAGAAGGUUAUUCCCUGGACCUAGUAUCGCCAUGUCGACUGCGGAUCACGAGGUUGAGGUUGCUCGGCCUCCUACUUACGAUGACACCGUCCCCGUUGAGCAGCAGAUCGUCCUGAACGAAAAGGCCAACAUGGAUAUGGAUAAGGAGAACCUCUCCAUGACUCCCGAUGGCGGCGAGCCCACCGAGGAUGAGAAGCGCUCUCUGCGUCACAUCGCUGAGAAUCUGCCCGUCUCGGCUUGGUUGGUUGCCAUUGUCGAGCUGUGUGAGCGGUUCACCUACUACGGCAUGUCUGGUUUGUUCCAGAACUAUGUCCUGCGUCCUCUGGACGGUAGCCAGGGCCGUGGUGCCCUCGGUAUGGGUCACCAGGGUGCUACCGGUCUGACCACUUUCUUCCAGUUCUGGUGCUAUGUUACUCCCAUCAUUGGUGCCAUUGUCGCCGAUCAAUACCUCGGCAAGUACAAGACUAUUGUCCUGUUCUGCGGUGUCUACCUCGUCGGUCUCCUCAUCCUGGUCUGCACUUCGAUCCCUAGCGCUCUGGAGCACGGAGCCGGUAUGGGUGGUUUCAUCGUGGCCAUUUUGAUCAUCGGUCUCGGUACCGGUGGUAUCAAGAGUAACGUUGCUCCUCUGAUUGCCGACCAGUACAAGCGGAAGAAGAUGGCUCUCUUGACUACCAAGAAGGGCGAGCGCGUCGUUAUUGACCCCGCGUUGACCAUCCAGCGCAUCUACAUGAUCUUUUAUGGCUGCAUUAACUUGGGCUCCCUCUCUCUGCUGGCUACUCCUUACAUGGAGUUGUACAUUGGCUUCUGGUCCGGUUACCUGCUCUGUCUUUGCAUGUUCGCUGCCGGUACCCUUGUCCUCCUCCUGGGCCGCAAGUACUACGUUGUUCGCCCUCCUCAGGGCUCCAUCAUCACCAACGCCUUCAAGGCUCUCUGGAUGAUGGUCAAGAACCGCAACAUGGACGCCCCCAAGCCCACCUGGCAGCUCGAGCACCGCGGUGUCGAGGCCACCCUCCCCUGGGACGACCACUUCAUCGAUGAGCUCAAGCGUGCCCUCGUUGCCUGCCGUGUCUUCGCCUUCUACCCCAUCUACUGGGUCGUCUACGGCCAGUUCUCCGGUAACUUUGUCACCCAGGCCGGCCAGAUGCAGGGUCACGGUAUCCCCAACGAUCUGAUGCAGAAUUUCGACCCGAUCUCCAUCAUCGUGUUCAUCCCCCUGCUCGAGACGGUCGUCUACCCUCUCAUGCGCCGCCUGAAGAUCCCCUUCCUCCCCAUCACCCGUAUCUCCCUGGGUUUCAUCGUCGCCUCUCUGGCCAUGAUGUACGCCGCCAUCGUGCAGCACCUGAUUUACUCCGCCGGUCCCUGCUACGGCUCGCCUCUCUGCGCCGCCUCCGAGAUCGACGGCACCGCCUACGGUAACAACGUGCACAUUGCCAUCCAGACCCCCGCAUACGUGUUCAUCGGUAUCUCGGAGAUUUUCGCCUCCGUCUCCGGUCUCGAGUACGCCUACACCAAGGCGCCCCCCUCCAUGAAGUCCUUCGUCCAGUCCAUGUACCUCCUCACCAACGCCUUCGGUUCCGCCCUCGCCGAGGCCCUCACCCCGGCCGCCUUUGACCCGGCGAUUAUGUGGAUGUUCGUCGGUCUGGCCGUUGCUUCGUUCUUGUGCGGUAUCAUCUUCUACAUUAUCUUCCGUCACCUGAACGCCCAGGAAGAUGACAUGAACGCCCUGGACGCCGAUGACCCGAUGCCCGAAGCCCCCGUUGAGGAGGCCCGUCGUGCUUCCCAGGCCCCGCAUUAAAUAGAGAUAGAUCUGUGAUCUGCUUUUUGUUGCAGGGAGAAUCGGGUGAUUCUUUUCCCUUGCCGGUUUUGUACGUUUUCUGUCUUGUGAUGAUAUCCGAACUUGCAUUGCGUUGCGUUGUAAGCAUGUCUGCUUUUUUGGCUAGGGCGGAGGGAGCGGGUAUGUCUUCCUGUUGUCUUGAGCUGCUGGGCAGCUAUGUGAGACGAGCUAUGAUUUGUUGCGGUGAUAAUCUUAGUAUAUAUAUUAUAAAUAGUAUCUCAAAUGUCUGUGAUUAGAAA